UUGCUUUUUUUUCUUUUUUUUUUUUUUUGAUUCCUCAUUCCUCAUUCCCCAUUCUCUUCAACAAAGAAAAAAAAAAAAAAAAAAAAAAAAAAAAAAAAGGGCUUGUCUCAUUCCCCUCGGUUUAACGGUCGCGCUUCAUUAGAUAUUUCAUUAUUCAGCCCUCUCAAUCACCCCAUCCUUGUUGCAUUCCUAUCCUAUCCUUAUCCUAUCCUGUCCAUCCCAUUCACUUCAACAUCAAUCGAAAGCACAAUGCUUUCCUCUACACUACGCCCGUCCAGCGGAAAGGGUCGUCCUUCCCGUCAGGGGUCAUCCUCCCCCUCGUCCAUACCACUCUCACUUAAAACUCCAAUCGCUCAGGAAUAUAAAACCCCACCCAUGGCUGUCGUCCCUGACCCUCCGAAUCCUCAACCUACAAAUCCACCAAAACCAAAGCCAAAGCCAAAACCCACCUCCACAACACCUAAACCACCAGGUCCUGCCAAACCUGUCACGACAUCUUUGCGCUUGACAGCCUCAACUACUAUGGCAACAUUCUCCCCUACAUUCUCCCUUUCAACCUCUCCUCUCACUCAAACAACUACAACUACAACUACAACAUUGUUCUCAGGUUCGGAUGCAAGUACCGGUGGUGGCAAAGGAGGUCUACCCCAGAAUGUGAUUGCAAUCAUUGCUGGAGCCGGUCUUGCAGUGCUCUUGGUCGUCCUGGCCCUGAUCCUCGUAAUAUGUCGGGGUAGGAGAAGAGAUCGAAACAGGCUCAAACAGCGUGGAAAUGAACUACGGGAGGCUGAACUGUAUCACCAACAGCAGCGUAUGACUGAAAUCGGAGGAUCAAGAUCAAGUCUCCGAGGCAGUGGUCAAAACAUGAUGGCCGCUGCUGCUGCUGCCCUUGCAGGUGGUCGUAGCAGACGAGGCUCUGGUACAGACUCUGUCCGUCAACAUCAUCGGAGCGGAUCUUCUGUCCACGGACUCUUACCUGGCCAAGGCCUCAUUUCUAAUGCCCGUAGCAUAGGACAGAACAGCGACGAUUACGAAGACGAACGCCAACGCCAACUGCAUCAACAACAACCAGAGUGGUGGAACAAGAAAUCACCCCUAGAGUAUUAUCAGCAGGUCCCGCCUGUCCAAGACCUGUACGGGCCUGUCCCAAGGUCUCAGGAUCAAAAUGGCUUGCAAGAUCAAUCACAGCGUUUGCAGGAGCAGCAGAGUCAUGAGGAACUCCGGUCCCGGGAGACCUCCCCCACCACUAACACUAGUUCCUCCACCACAAGUAAUACAACCAUGGUACCAGUAGACCAACCUUCGGGACAUGAAAGUUUCCCAGCAGGCGUGGUGUGCGAGAGUCAAUCCAGGAGCUCCGCUCCACUUAAUCUAACCAACAACACUAGCAACAACAACGGAUGGGAUAGCUCCGCUCGCGGACGUAGCGAGGACCAUGGGCGUCGUUCAUCCCUACCAUGGGUUCCGCAUCGUUCGCAUUCCAUGGACUUUCCUCCUCCUCCUCCACCUGUAGCCAACCAUCCUCACGAGUUUAGACAUUUCUCGCAGCAGUUUGUUACCGCCCCUCCCCUUCCUCCCCCACCCUCUCAACAGCAGCAACAGCAGCAACAGCAGCAACAGCAGCGCUUUGGACCACGCAAUGAUCCAUCAUCAGAGGUACCUCGGUCCAUAUCUCCAAUUCAGCCUCUCAGCCCUCUGGGAUCUGUUUAUGUCUCUGCAGAUGGAGGAACCACCCGACACAAUUCGCAAUACGACCCAACAUACCAUCCUCCUCCUCCACCCAUCGACCCAGCACUCAAUCCCUAUUAUCGUCCUCCUCCUCCCGUUGUUUUCUCUGUACCACCACCCUCACCUUUCCCCGUAAGACGAAGCAUCUUGCCCCCUAUAAAUGUCGAGCCUCCUUCUUCUAGCUUCUACGACUACUUUAACGAUUUUCUGGACGAUCCUUUGGAACCCUCGUUACUGGAAAGGCCAGUCAUCAAAUCUCCGCUCUAUUCCAUGGGUCUCAAGCAAUCUUCUGCGCCAGACCUUGUGCGACAUACAGCACCACUACCCGCCUCAAUUGCUGAUCUCCAUCCAAUCCCCGCUGCAGGCCCGAGUCUCACUCCAGCCCCAGUCCAGGCUCCAGCUCCUGUUCGUGUCCCAGCUCCGUUUACAUCGAUCAGGACUCCAUCUCCAGUAGCCAUGCCUGCUGCAGAGCCAGCUAUCACCCAAACAUCCUCUCCACCACCUAUCCCAAAAUCCACGCGUCCAACCUCGCUCCGCUCUGCCAGCAUGACAGCCCUUGUUACCAGCGAAUUAAGAUCAUCCUUGGAUGCUCCCCCAGUACCCUACAACGCUUUUAAUGAUGGUGUCAACGGUGAGCCACAAAUGAAGAUCAAUAAUACCAAUGGCGACACCAACAACAACAGCAACAACAACAACAACAACAACAACAGUAGCAGCGGUAGCAGCGGCAGCAACAAUAAUAACAAUAGCAUCAACGGCGGCAAUAAUGGCAUUAAUAACAGCAGUCAGUAUCAGACAGCCACAAGAGGUGUUCUUUCACAUACAGCCUCUGAUCUUUCACAAAGGUCAGGAAUUUCACAACAGGACGAGAGUGAUAUGCCUCGUAUGGGUGGACGCAUGCCUCGUGUCCGAAAAAAGACCUUUGAUGGAUCAGCUUAAAAAAAAAAAAAAAAAAAAAAAAAAAAUCAGAAGCACUCUUUGAUUGCUUCAUCUUAAUUUACAGUUUUGGACUCAUUCCUUACUUUCCCCUCCCCUGUUUACUCCUAUUAUGCACAUAGACCAUCUUUUUUUUUUUUAUAUUUUUUUUUUAUUUUACACAUUUAUCAAGGGAAAAAACAAAUUCCUCCCCAUUUUGCACAUACACACA